GCCGGGGCCCGGCGGCCGCCGGUGCUGAGCGGGGCGAGCGCAGCGCUGAUGCCGCAGAGCCGCCGCGGCGGAGCCAGGCUGCCCAUGAUGGGCUCAGUGGGAUCCGAGCGCUUCAAGGAGCUGAGCCCAGCGGGAACACCGGAGGGGAACGUGGUGAUGAGCUUCAGCUUCGACAGCUACCAGCUGGAGGAGGACGAGCUGCAGCGGGGCAGCCAGGCCAAGGGCAUCCUCACCUUCAUGGAGCCGGUUUCUGAGGAUCCCGAGCCGCAGGAUCGAUACCAUGGCAUUUACUUUGCCAUGCUGCUGGCCGGGGUGGGAUUCCUCCUGCCGUACAACAGCUUUAUCACCGACGUGGACUAUCUACACCAUAAAUACCCAGGGACCUCCAUCGUCUUCGACAUGAGCCUCACCUACAUCCUGGUGGCUUUGGUGGCCGUCAUCCUCAACAACGCCCUGGUGGAGCUGCUGAGCUUGCACACCCGGAUCUCUGUGGGCUAUCUCUUCGCCCUGGGGCCACUGCUCUUUGUCAGCAUCUGUGAUGUGUGGCUGGAGCUCUUCAGCCGCAGGCAAGCCUAUGCCAUCAACCUGGUGGCUGUCGGGGUGGUGGCCUUUGGCUGCACAGUGCAGCAAUCCAGCUUCUAUGGCUACACGGGGCUGCUGCCCAAGCGCUACACGCAGGGGGUGAUGACGGGCGAGAGCACCGCCGGGGUCAUCAUCUCGCUCAGCCGCAUCUUCACCAAGCUGCUGCUGUCGGACGAGAAGGAGAACACAGUCAUCUUCUUCUUCAUCUCCAUCGGCAUGGAGCUGACGUGCUUCAUCCUGCACCUCCUGGUCAAGCGCACCCGCUUCGUCCGAUACUACACCUCCUGUGCCCGCAAGGGGCUCCCCGAGGCCAGGGGCACCGGGGACCAUGGCACCGGCUACCGCGUGCACCACGAUGUCACCGCGGAGGACAUCCGCUUUGUAAGCCAAGAGUGGGGUCCCCCUCUCAUCCCUGUGGUCCCAUUGGGGCUCAGCACUGGUGUCCCCUCUCCCCCCAUGCAGGAGAACAGGCAGCGGGGGCAGCCGAGUCCCCCCCGGGGCAGUCCAGGCCAUGAUGCUGAGCUGGCUGGAAGCGGCACCUACAUGCGCUUCGAUGUCCCUCGGCCCAAAAUCAAGAGGAGCUGGCCCAGCUUCAGAGACAUGCUGCUCUACCGCUACGUCGUGUCCCGGCUCAUCUGGGCCUACAUGCUCUCCAUCGCCAUGACCUACUUCAUCACACUGUGCCUCUUUCCUGGGCUGGAGUCGGAGAUCCACAACUGCACACUGGGGGAAUGGCUCCCCAUCCUCAUCAUGGCCAUCUUCAACCUCUCCGACUUCGUGGGCAAGAUCCUGGCUGCCCUGCCCUACGACUGGAGAGGAACCCACCUCCUCGUCUAUUCCUGCCUCCGCGUGGUCUUCAUCCCCCUCUUCAUCAUGUGUGUCUACCCCAAUGGAAAGCCCACCUUUGGCCACCCUGCCUGGCCCUGCAUCUUCUCCCUCCUCAUGGGUAUCACCAAUGGCUACUUCGGCAGCGUUCCCAUGAUCCUGGCUGCUGGCAAAGUGAGCCCGGAGCAGCGGGAGCUGGCAGGGAACACCAUGACCGUGUCCUACAUGACAGGCUUGACGCUGGGCUCAGCUGUGGCCUAUUUUGCCUACAGCCUCACCAGUACAUCCCACAGCAGCUGUUUCUACACCGAGACCUCCAACAGCUCCUUUACACUGGGGUACUGAGCCCCAUGGCAGGGUGAUGGGGACACAAUGGGACCCAUUCCCACCACGGUCCCCAUCCCCCUGCCUGGUCCAUGUCCCUCUAUGGGGAAGAAGCCUGGAGCCAGAAAGUUGUCCCGAGUUGGACAGGGACCAGAAUCCUGUUGGCAUGAGGCUGUGGCAUCCAAAAUGGCCUGUGCUGUGCAGGGCCACCUUUUAGGGUGACGCUGCUCUUGGGGGCACCCCAUCACUGAUGGGCUCUCUAGUGGAGGCAAGGGGGUGUCUUCUCUUUGAGCCAAGCCAUUGCCAAGAGGAAGACUGCCAAAUGCCAAAGGGAAUAGGACCAGCACGGGGGAGGAGGGUGAUGGAAGGUUGGUGAGGAAGAGGAGCAAGAGAGGAAGGAAACGCUCCUUCAGUCCUCAGUGGCUUUUGGAAGGUGGGUCUCAGCUUUCAUUGAUGGUGCUGCUGGUUUUCACCAAUAGCCUGGAAUCACCAUCCAUCCCCAGAUGUGCCAAUCGCUGUGUUAAAAACCCCUUCACAAAACCACCUUUUUUGGGUUAUGUUUUGGUUUUGCCCCCCCUCAAACUGUGAGAGAGGCAGGGUCUUAUCUUCCCCUGCCCCACUGCAGUGGGGCAGAGGUGGGUCUCAAAGCCAUAGCACUGCAGAUACCACUGCUGAGCUUCAGGGUUUAGUGCAAGGGCCGCAAGUAGAGCUGAUGCCCUAUCAAACGUCUCCAAUGAUGGAGAGCUGGCCAACACAUACAUGGUGAUGCCUGCUCCAAGCCUGUGGGGUCUUGGGGUACCCCUUGUGCUGCUCCCCAUCUCCUGGGUCCUCUCUGUCACCUGGGGCAGCUGGACUUGCCAGCAGGUCCCAUCAAACCCCUGCCAGCCUCCAGCAGCAAGCAGGAAUGGGCUGAGCAGAGCAGAAAGCAGCUGGAGAAGGUGCCAGCACCAGAGCCUGAUGCUUUCUGGGACCAGCAGCACCUCACUGGGCCAGGAGUCGGUGGUGCCACCUCCCAGGAAAGCAAAGCCAAAGGCAGCAAGCACCAGGCUUGGCACCAUGAGCACAUCAGGGUCUCACCAUGCCAAGCCCCAAGAGAAUGAGCAAAUUCAGUGUUUUGCCCUCAAAACAUCACCCUUGCAGGGCUCAGGUGGUCACAGGACUCACACCCCUCCUGCCCCAUAGGUCCCGUGUGUCAGGGUACAUCCUGUCCAUCAGAGGGAUGGGGUCUCUCCCCAUAGACUCCCCCCUAAGAGCUGAGCCAGAAAGCAACCAUCACCCUAAAGGGGAGGCAAAACCCAGCUGUGAGAAGUGAGACAAAGAAAGAUGCUUCAUGGGGAUGCUUUUUGGUUGUGGUUUGGGUUUUUUUGUGUUUUUCAAUUAAUUUUCUUUUUUUGUUACUUUUUUUUAUGAAAACAAAAAAAAAAUCACACGGA